AUGGCCAAGAAGUCGGUGGGCGACCUCAGCAAGGCUGACCUGGAGGGCAAGGUGGUGUUUGUGCGCGCGGACCUCAACGUCCCGCUGGACGGCGACAAGAUCACGGACGACACGCGCAUCCGCGCCGCGGUGCCCACCCUCAAGUAUCUGGUGGACAACGGCGCCAAGGUGCUGCUGACCAGCCACCUGGGCCGCCCCAAGAAGGGCCCCGAGGACAAGUUCCGGCUGACCCCCGUGGUGGGCCGCCUGAGCGAGCUCAUGGGCGCGGCGGUGGAGAAGGCGGAGGACUGCAUCGGCGAGGCGGUGACCAGCAAGCUGGCCAAGAUGAGCAACGGCUCGGUGCUGCUGCUGGAGAACGUGCGCUUCUACCCCGAGGAGGAGAAGAACGACCCGGAGUUCGCCAAGAAGCUGGCGGCGCCCGCCGACUUGUACGUCAACGACGCCUUUGGCACCGCGCACCGCGCCCACGCCUCCACCGAGGGCGUCACCAAGUUCCUGUCGCCCUCCGUGGCCGGCUUCCUGCUGCAGAAGGAGCUGGACUACCUGGAUGGCGCCGUGACCACCCCCAAGCGCCCCUUUGUGGCCAUCGUGGGCGGCUCCAAGGUCUCCUCCAAGAUCGGCGUGAUUGAGUCGCUUCUGGCCAAGUGCGACAAGAUCAUCCUGGGCGGCGGCAUGAUCUUCACCUUCUACAAGGCCAAGGGCCUGGCGGUGGGCGGCAGCCUGGUGGAGGAGGACAAGCUGGAGCUGGCGCUGGAGCUCAUGGAGAAGGCCAAGGCCAAGGGCGUGGAGUUUGUGCUGCCCACCGACGUGAUUGUGGCCGACAAGUUUGCGCCCGACGCCGCCACCCAGGUGGUCGACGUCACCGCCAUCCCCGACGGCUGGAUGGGUCUGGACAUCGGCCCCAAGUCCAUCGACCUGCUCAAGGACACCCUCAAGGGCGCGAAGACCGUCAUCUGGAACGGCCCCAUGGGCGUGUUUGAGUUUGACGCCUUUGCCAAGGGCACCUUUGCCAUCGCCAACGAGCUGGCUGCCAUGGACGACUGCAUCACCAUCAUCGGCGGCGGCGACUCGGUGGCGGCGGUGGAGAAGGCGGGCGUGGCGGAGAAGAUGAGCCACAUCUCCACCGGCGGCGGCGCCAGCCUGGAGCUGCUGGAGGGCAAGGUCCUCCCCGCAGGUGUGGCUGCCCUCAACGAGGCCUAA